AUGGACGGAAAUAAGAAGGUUACCGUCGCGGUGCGUGUCCGUCCCAUUUUGCGCGAUGCCACCAGUCACGCUCACAUGCAAGAAAAGUUUGAGCUUGAGGCCGUUCGACGCACCGGGGACACAUCACUGAAGGUUGAGCUGCAGCGACAGGGGGAGCCCACUCGAAGCAGCGUGUUCAACUUUGACCACAUCUUUGAUCAGGAGAGCACCCAGCUGGAGGUGUACGAGGACGCCGUCGUUGAUCUCGUGGACGCCGCCCUGUCAGGAGCAAAUGUCACAAUUUUGGCCUACGGCCAGACGGGAUCCGGUAAGACGUUCACCGUGCUGGGCGACGUGAAGCCAAACCCACUUGAAAAUGAUCUUCUCACGCACGAGAGCGGCAUCUUCUUACGCGUUCUAAGUGACUUGACGGAGUACAGGGCGCGGCAGGCGAAGAGGGGCUUCCACGUCGUUAUUGGGCUCAGUUGUGUGGAAAUAUACAAUGAAAACAUUCGUGACUUGUUCGGUGGAGGCCCGGGAACAUCGUCACCCCCGCUGAAGGCCGUCAUGAUUGGCGACGAGGUGCUUCUCCCCUCUCUCAUCACGAAAGAGGUGACUUCGUUGCAGGCAGUCUUUAAUGAGAUUCAGCUCGCCAUAUCCCGUCGUAAGAGUCGUUCAACGGAAAGUAACUCCACAUCCAGUAGGAGCCACUGCCUGUUCCUCAUUGAUAUUCUGCAGCGGGCCGCUACCGCUCCCCCUCCAUCGCUUUCAAUGCUGGAGACAAAGAAGGGAGGCAAAGAAAAGGAGGGUAAACGGACCGUGACAAAUGGCAGCGGACCAGGAGAGAUACCAUUCGACGGCACGGUGUACCGUAUUAACGGCGAACGGGAGCCUGUCUACGGAAGUAAAAUUAUGCUGGCAGAUCUGGCUGGCAGCGAGAAGAUAGCAAAGAGUGGGGUCUCUGGAGAGGGACUGGCUGAGGCCACAGCCAUUAAUAGUAGCCUUACGGCAUUGGGCAACGUUGUCCAUAGCCUCUACGAGGGAGGUUAUGUCAGCUACCGCACUUCCAACUUGACUCGCCUGCUUAAGCCCACGUUUGCUCAUCAAAACUCGCGUGUUCUGCUUUUGUCUCAAGUUUCACCGACACAGUUCACAUUUGAUGAGACUAUCAGUACACUUUAUUUCGCCAAUAAGGUGAAGGCCAUGAAAGUAACAACAACCACCGGCGCGGAGGCAGAACGACUUCUAUUUGAUUAUAUGGACUCUGGGAAGAUAUGCGAUACGCUGUUGGCGGAUCUUCACAUCUUUGAGGCCGAAACGCAGUCAAAGAGUGCCGUCAUCCGGAGGAAUUGCAGGCAAAACGAUGGCUUGUAUUAUAGCACUGCCACAAAUGCCAAAGCAAAGGCUAGUAUGAAGGAACGACGUACCUCCAUUGAGAACACCGGCGCCCUCCGCUUCGCAUCGGAAGAGCGCGACGCACUAAUCCGGAAGGCCCAGCAGGAGGAGAUGCAAAAGGAGGAAGAGAUUCAGAAAAGAGCUCAGGAGUUGGCCAACGAGAGUGUUUUGGAAUAUUCUAAUCUUGUGGCAGAAACAAAGGAGUCCAUAGCCAAUGAAGAAGCCGCUUCCCAACGUAUCUCCCUUCAGACACUUCAGGUGGCGUCAGCGGGAGAGGCCUCUGCCAUUCAGACGGAAGAGGCAGCGAUGUUUUUGGCCUUGUCGGCGCGAUUUGCGAAGGAGCAUGUUGCCAUUUGCAAGAAACAAAUGGCGGCAAUUGAAAGCGAACAAGAGGCCAUUAGCAAGCAACUCAACGCAAUGAGUCUUUCGUCGGUUGAGGUGCCCGAGAUUGCGGAGGACAACUUGAAAUAUGCCCAAGCGUGCUGGGGCCACACGACGGCGAAGAGGUUUUUUGCAAGGUGCAUGGAGCUUCGAGAGAUCCAGGGACAGUACGCGUUGCUGCAAAAGGUCUGUUUUUCCCUGGGAAAAUGGCGGGAGAAGAAUAAGGAGUUAAUGCCGCGGGUACAGGAGCGGGCGGCGCAGGCUGCCGAGUAG